AUGAAAGACAUCAUCUCCAAAAAGCGUUCCACUGAUAUAGAACCGAUCAUCCUAACUGAAACAUGCAGUGCCAUUCUGCAAGGUAUGAAAAUCCCAAUAAAGAAGAAAGAUAGGGGAUCGGUUACUAUUCCAUGCACUAUUGGUGAUAGAAAAUUCAAGAAAGCUCUUAUUGACUUAGGAGCAAGUGUAAGCUUGAUGGCACUAUCCAUCUAUAAGAAAUUAGGCAUUGGCACCGUUCAAGAUACUCGAAUGACACUUCAGUUUGCGGACCGCUCUAUUAGGCGACCUUAUGGGAUUGUAGAAGACGUUCUUGUAAAAAUUGACAAGUUUUUUUUCCCAGUUGACUUCGUCAUUCUAGAAAUGCCCGAAGAUGAGGAGAUUCCUCUCAUAUUGGGCAGACCAUUCUUGGAAACAGAAUGGUGUAUGAUAGACAUAGAGGAAGAAACAAUGACCCUCAAAGUCUAUGAUGAAGAGUUAAAAAUAGAUGUGUGA